GAGAGGAGGCGCGAGAGGAGGGAGAGGAGGAGAGGGAAGGAGGGAGGAGAGGAAGAGGAGGAUAACUGUCCUCAGUCAGCCCUGGUCACUACUCCACCACCAAGCAGAGGAGUACUGUCUACCAUCACACACGCUGGUAAAUCAGUGAUCACUGGAGGUCUCGAUGCCUUAGAGUUCAUCGGUAAGAGAACCAUGACGGUCCUGGCAGAGACUGACCCUGGUUUCAGGAAGACCAAAAUACUAAUGCAGAGGACUGUCUCACUCAGCCAGAUGCUGAAGGAUGCCAAGGAGAAGGAGAGGGCUCGUCUCAGCUGCCAGCCAAUCAGUGAGCCCACAGCUCACUACGGAAUCCUGUUUGAUGACUACCAGGGCCUAUCGCACCUAGAGGCUCUGGAGAUACUGGCCAAUGAGAGUGAGGCUAAGGUUCAGUCGUUCCUGUCCUCCCUGGAAGAGGAGGAUCAGGAGGAGAUAAAGAAAGAACUGAUCGCCAUCAAGGACAUCUUCGUCAGCCACACGGGAGAGGAGGAGGAGGAGGGAGAGGAGAAGAAGGAGGGAGAGGAGACAGUGGAUAGGGGUGAUCUAAGUCCCCAGUGUUCUACUCCUCUGUACAAACUCAACAAGAUAACAGACAGUCCCUGUGUCCCUGUUGACAAACUCAACAAGGCAGUGUCCCUGUCUUCAGUGGGCUCCCUGGCGGAGGUGACAGCCCUGUCUCGUCAGCUCCACAAGGUGGCAGAGUUGAUCCUCCACGGACAGGACCUGGAAAGCCUGUCCAGAGACCAGGCUCACAUACUCACCAGGUCUGUUGGGGGUCCUGUUAGAGACCAGGCUGUCUGGGGGACAGGACCAGGAGAAACCUCUGAUCAUCACCCCUAUUGGUUCUCUGACUCCCUUCCUGCCCUUCUCCAGGUUCAGAGAAAAGCAGAAGAGUUGAACCCUUUGGUAGACAGUGUGCUGCUUGAGGGUUCUAACAGCACCACAUACAUCCAGAACGCCUUCCAGCUCCUCCUCCCGGUUCUCCAGAUGUCACACAUCCAGACCCAGAGCUCUAGAACCCGCACGGAACCACAGCCCUAACCCUGUCGUAGCCACAGUAAAACACACCUCAUACUGCUGAAGUGCUGUUAGCAUACUAGCCAGUCCUAAUGAUGUAACUAUGUACAGGAAGAUAAUGUGAUAUAUAUAUAUAUAUAAUAACAGUGAUAGUGAAGUCAACUACUAGGUUGCCAUAGUAACAGACUGACUAGGAUAUCUUUAAACUAUUAUAUAUUGCAGUAACUUAGUAUAGUUUCAUGUCGGGAACAACUUCUCAGAUUGAAGAGCUUGUACUCAUGUCUAUUAAGCAUCUCCAAAUUGAUUAUUUUAUUAUAUAUAGAUAUGUAUUAAUCAUAUUUAUAUAUAUUACUGUUCAGAGGUAAAUCUAAACAUGAUUAUUGUCAACUGGCUAAUUUAACCCAGUGUAUCAGAUUAUGUCUUAUCGUUUUAAAAAGCGAAACCAAAAAAAAUAGUUGUUGUUGUUAAGAGUUUAUUUUUAGUGUCACGUAAACCAGAUCAGUGUAAUGUGGCGUCCCUGAAGUUCAGUGCUUUUCUCAAAAAGACACAUCGACUGAUGAUGAUAAUGGUGGUGGUGAGGAUGAUGAUAAUAAUAUAUAAUAACAUAGAAGGACCACGUCCCUGAAGUUCAGUGCUUUUCUCAAAAAGACACAUCGACAUAAAUAAAUAAAAAAUGUUUGUUGCUUUGUCAGCUCAGGUGUUCGUACCAGAGACCUUUGGGUUCCUGGGCCCAACGCGCUAACCAACGCCCUAACCGCUAACCAACGCGCUAACCGCUAACCAACGCGCUAACCGCUAACCAACGCGCUAACCGCUAGGCUACAUGCCGCAGGUAUUGAUGUUCCCUGCUUAAUGAAGGGGUGUUUCUUUACGUCGUAGAACAACUAACCUUGUUUAAAUGGUAGAACAACUAACCUUGUUUAAAUGGUAGAACAACUAACCUUGUUUAAAUGGUAGAACAACGAACCUUGUUUAAAUGGUAGAACAACGAACCUUGUUUAAAUGGUAGAACAACGAACCUUGUUUAAAUGGUAGAACAACUAACCUUGUUUAAAUGUUAGAACAACUAACCUUGUUUAAAUGUUAGAACAACUAACCUUGUUUAAAUGUUAGAACAACUAACGUUGUUUAAAUGUUAGAACAACUAACCUUGUUUAAAUGUUAGAACAACGAAACUUGUUUAAAUGGGAGAACAACAAACCUUGACAUUAACGGACAAAGACAAAAAAAGGACCAGAACUAUAAUGUUCUAUAUUUCUAUUUCUAUGUGUGUAUUUGUUUUUAGAUCCACUGGUUUAUUAAGUCAUUGUUGGAUCAUUUAUUAAUCUGCUGCUAUGGUAACGGAGAUGGAAUCUGACAACGGAAUCUUGAAUCACAAAAUACCAACAACGAAAAAUAAAAACACCUUUUUUAAACCUUUUAA